GAAUAAAGUGACUAAGAGGAAGUACCAUUUAUUUGAAAUAGCUACAUUAACCUGUUGAGCAAUUUCAGGAAACAUAUUGCUUCUUGAAAAGGGACUUUUGUGAGAGCAAAAUGUGCAUCUGUCGAUGUCGUAGGAUCCAGGAGCAGUAAAUCACAGGAAAAUAAUGAGCAGAUUAAAUGCCAGAUCAGGACCUCAAAUGAAGACUUUUCUCUUUUUGCACGUCGAAGGAGCAAGCGCAUCAUAUGAGCCCACUCCCCCGGUGAGGAGUGGCGGUGUGGUCCGCGGGGAACUCAUCAACACUUUAAAAAGCACCAGAGACUUGGCACAAAAGAAGCGCUCGCAGGCGAGCACGGAGACUGUCUCUUAUUACACCAGAGGGAUACACGCGCUGUGCAAGAAGACUGCUAAAAGUGUGUGAGGGGGAGUGUUCUUUGAGAUGAAUAAACUUACUUUUUGGUGCACCUGAUGCGACCUACUUGGACUGCAGUAAACUGUCCUGUGAAGGGAAUGUGGUCAUUACGCACCGGGCCUGUUGAAAACACGAGGUUUGCCCCGACAUUUGGACUUUGAAAGCCUGUUCUUCUUUUUGCUUCUACUAUUUUUGUCUGAACAUUCACAUGACGCAAAGUUUUGCUCGGAGUCCGGGUUUUAUGGUAAGACUUUGUAUCUGCCAAUUGGAGUCGCAUGUCUAUUUGCUGAUAAGCUGCGAGGAAACAUGAACGACUCCUUCUUCAACAUGACUCAGGGCGCUCUGUUUAACGGGAGCCUUGCCGAGACUCUGGCAACAUAUUCCGGCAAUGGUACCGACGAUGUGGUGACCGGUGACGGUGGAGGGUCCCUGGUGCUGCUGCAGGAGGAGCGCAAACUCUUCGUCAUGCGCGUGGUGCAAAUCGCGGUGCUGUGCGUAUUGUCACUCACCGUAGUGUUUGGCGUGUUUUUUCUGGGGUGCAACUUGAUGAUCAAAUCGGAGAGCAUGAUUAACUUCCUCGUGAAGGACCGGAGACCCUCCAAAGACGUGGAGACUAUCAUGAUCGGACUCAGCUAGAGCAUGAAGAGCAGGAACUGUGGAGAACCGGAGAGGAGGCUCCGGUGCGCGUAUCCAACCGCAGGUCCAAAUCUGCAGUUGCUUGGACUUACCAGUGACGCUUUAUCAGUGUUCUGGUGAGGAAAGAUAUGCAAGAACUUCACAUUUCCUUCCGAAGAACGACCGCGGGAACAUAAUCUAGUGAAUGUUUGCUUCCAAAGCUUUGCGUGAAAUAUUGGCAAUUGUUUACAUGUGGGCCGAUCUGUUGAAUCUUUUGAGUCAAUUUAAUAUUGCCAACUGGAACAAAGUGACGAAAAUGUUUACAAGGUGUUACCUCAUUUUUGUUUUAGCUUUUGUAAAUUUGAAAUGGCUGUUAAUGAAUGUCUUUAAAAGUUAAAAGCAUGACUAUAAAUUCUGACAGCUCCACGUCUGUCAGUAUGACGUGAUGGACGACGUGAUGAUAUGUGGUUAUUCUCUAUACAAAGUAUUUUUCUUGGUCUCUCGGUAAAUAGACUCUAAAAACUAAGAUCUUGCACGUUUUUCAACAAACUCCGUCAAAGCUUUAUGGGGUGAAUCUGGUCCUGUUUGGCAUGCUCGCUGGUUGAUCUGUAAAGUGAUUUUUGGACCCGUUUUGCACUUUUAAACUCUGAUGCUGCAUGAAUUAUUUUGUACCAAAAACUUGAAAAUGCAGCAUGCAAUUAAAACAAUGACAUGAGCA